CUGGAUGAUGGGUUUAUGAAGCGCGCGGCUAUGGCGAUGGCGAUAGAGCUCCAGCAGAGCAGGCUAGCGUUCUCGAUCGUUUCUUCUGCUGCGAGAGUUAGGGUCUGUGCGCCACUGGGAAAAUGCGCCGGGCUCGGCAAUCUUUCUCGCCGAAAUUUCUCACAGGCAGCCGAGGCAUUGGAGAUCAACGAGGUCGAGGCUCGUCCGGAGGUACAGGUGAAGGAUGAUAAGAUCAUCAGUCCACGAAAAUUCCUGCUAGGGAAAUCCGAGAAGGAGCUUCAAGAUCUGUGUGAAGAAAUGGGAGAGAAGAGGUUUCGAGGAAAGCAAAUGUAUCUUCUUCUCUACAAAGUCCGCAAGGCUGAGAUACAAGAAUUCACAAACUUAUCGAAAGGCUUUCGAGAAAAACUCAUCUCCGAGGGAUGGGAAGUUGGAAGAUCUCCAAUUCAUCACAAAGUCAACUCUGUAGACGGUACAAUCAAGGUGUUACUCAAGCUUAAAGAUAGUCGUUUAAUAGAGACUGUGGGAAUACCAGCUGAUGAAGAAAACAAUCGGCUCACUGUCUGUGUUUCAUCCCAGGUAGGCUGUCCUCUGCGAUGCGCCUUCUGUGCUACUGGUAAAGGUGGUUUUACGCGAAGCUUGAAGCCACACGAAAUUAUCGAGCAGGUCCUUGUUAUGGAGGAAAUUUUCAAACAGCGAGUGAGCAACGUUGUCUUCAUGGGAAUGGGAGAACCAAUGCUGAAUAUGGCGUCAGUUCUUGCCGCUCAUCGAUGCCUUAACGAAGAUAUCGGAAUCGGCCAACGCAUGAUAACCAUUUCGACCGUUGGUGUUCCAAACUCUAUACGUAAACUUGCGGCACAUAAGCUUCAGUCCACUUUAGCUGUAAGCUUGCACGCACCAAAUCAGCGCCUCAGGGAACAAAUUGUACCCAGCGCUAAGUCCUAUCCGCUGGAUGCGUUGAUGGAAGAUUGCAAAGAAUACUUCAGCAUCACAGGGCGUCGGGUGUCAUUCGAGUAUACUCUUCUAGCUGGCGUAAACGAUUCUAAGGAGCUUGCUUUCGAACUAGGAGAGCUUCUCCAUCACUGGGAUAUGAGCCAUCAUGUGAACCUCAUUCCAUAUAAUCCAGUUGCGGACUCUUUGUUUCAACGACCUUGGCAAAAAUCAGUGCAGACAUUUGUUGAAACAUUGGCUAAGUGCCGAGUAAAUGCCUCGGUGAGGCAAACUCGUGGCCUGGAUGCAAAUGCAGCUUGUGGACAGUUGAGAAAUCAAUUCCAGAAAACACCUCUAGAAGACGAAAGCCUCGUUAAGUCUGUCUGAAGCGAGGCUCAAGCACACAGCGAUUCCCAGCUCUCUGUUCAUCAAACAAGGUAUCAGAUUCAGAUGAUUCUUUCACAGCUCCACAGUGAUACCCAGGCUUCAAAGUAAAGUUCUUAGGAAGAUCAACCGUGAUAGUGCUCAUCCCUGCUUCGCCAACGGUGACCAGGAAAGAGACAACCUUCUUCUCGUUUUUGUCACGCUUCUUCGCAGCUGGAACCAGGACAAGCGAGCGAUCACAAGCAAGAGGCUUGUUUCCAAUGAAGCGAGUACAGUUGCCUUGAUCCUGGACUUUAGCUCCCUCGAGCUCCCAGAUCACUUCCUUCUUCGCCCAAGUCCAGCCGUAAGCCCAUCCGUGCUUUGAAAAGCUCUUCUCUCCAGACGAAUCCAGAGUUACUAGAGCCUGGAAGAGAUCGAUUCACAUCAGCACUGCGACGAAGCAAAGAAUGUAAGGAGCUGGAAGAUCAAACCUGGUAACCAUCUGUAGUCCAGUUUAGAACAUCCCACUCGACGUUCACUCCUCUCGAGUCUGACGAACUUGAUGUUAGUUCCAGGAGCUUGAGAGAUCUAAGAGUAACUCACCAGUGCCACAAACGAGAAGAAAAAGAAGAGCGCACAUAAGCUUGAUCGCCAUCAUCGCGAAGUUUGUUUGCUCGAACACCAUAUUUAUGUUUCUUUGCUGGAAGAACAAUGAAGGACAAUGAAAGAGCCGGAAGAACAGUUGCUUA